GAGAGAGAGAGAAGACCGGACCAGGCUAACCUGUCCAGUUCGUUUUCCUUUGCCCUGAAUUUUCUCUAGUAAAUCCUCUCUGUAUUUCUCGCCAUCCAAACAAAUAAAAACGCCUCCGUUUAUGGUGUUCCUCUGUAUAAAUUAUUCCAAAGAACAGUGAUUUGCAAGAAACACACGUAUUGCUCAUGGAUUCUCGUGUUUUUCUCUCACUUUCUCUCUGUUUCCUCUUCUUAUUACCUGAUCUCUCCCAUUCUGCUAUUCGGUUUCCAAGAUGGCUCGGAGAUAAGAAAACACAAGGAUCUGUGAUCAGAUUGCCGACUGGUCCUUCAAAUUCUCCUGUUGAUCCUACUCGAGUCACCCAACUAUCGUGGCGUCCCAGGGCUUUCAUCUAUAGGAAAUUUUUAACAGAUGAGGAGUGUGAUCAUCUCAUCAUUCUGGCCAAGGAUAAGCUAGAGAAGUCCAUGGUUGCCGACAAUGAAUCAGGCAAGAGUAUAGCGAGUGAGGUUCGUACGAGUUCUGGCAUGUUUCUUAGGAAGGCUCAGGAUGAAGUAGUUGCUCGUAUUGAGGACAGACUUGCUGCUUGGACCUUCCUUCCCAUAGAAAACGGGGAGUCGAUUCAAAUACUUCAUUAUGAGCAUGGUCAAAAGUAUGAGCCACAUUAUGAUUAUUUUCAUGACAAAGAGAAUCAAGAACUGGGGGGUCACAGGGUUGUCACUGUACUUAUGUAUUUGUCCGAUGUUGAGAAGGGUGGAGAAACUGUCUUUCCCGAUUCAGAGGGAAAAGAGACUCAACCAAAGGAUGUCAACUUGUCUGAUUGUGCUAAAAAGGGCUAUUCAGUGAAACCAGAAAAGGGCGAUGCUUUGCUGUUUUAUAGUCUUCAUACCGAUGCAACUCCAGACCCAAUGAGCUUGCACGGGAGCUGCCCUGUCAUUGAGGGUGAGAAGUGGUCUGCAACCAAAUGGAUUCAUGUGAGGUCUUUUGAGAAAGCAUUGAAGAAACCGGCAACUGGUGGCUGCGUUGAUCAGAAUGCGAACUGUGGUCGGUGGGCUGCUGCUGGUGAGUGUGAAAAGAAUCCUGUGUAUAUGGUGGGCACAGAAGAUGCUACUGGAUUUUGUAGGAAGAGCUGCAAGGUGUGCUCAUCAUAGUAGUCCUUUUUAUCUGGCAUUGGCAUUUGGUUUUUCUUUUACAAGCCAAAAGAUUACCCUUUGCUGCUUGUGUAUAAUAACAUUGAGCUGUUUUUUAUAAACCCAAGAGAGAGAAAAGUGAAAGGAGUUAAUGCUGUAUUGAGGCUUGAGGCAUCCAUGAAGUUAUCAUCUGGAUCCAACUUUUGUAGUUACUAUUGUUUUCGGACAGUUUUUAGUUGUUAUUAUAUUGAAGCAUUGAUUAUUCAUAAA